AAUGCCUUUGACUGCUGCGAAGUUUGCAGACAGUUGGUCUCAACAGGAAGUGGCUCUAUGGGCAGGGGCUGAUGUUUGAUGUCAUAUUGGGCUGAUUACAGUCAUUAACCCUGUGUUUCUGUGUCAGUGGCAGUGGUGUGGCUCUCUCCCCUCUCAGUCUGUACCGGGGUUGAUCCUAGCAGCAGGGCUCAGACAGUGGGGCCAUGCUGUGAUAUGGGGCAGUCAAAACUGGACUGGGAGAACAGCAGCUCUGUCGCGGGACAUAUUGCGUCUUAUGCUGAUGAACCGCUUUGCAGUCCUUGGACCUACUAACCUCAGAAAGAAGAAGUUGGCGUUAGAGUCUCGAAACGCGGUGAAACUGUGUUAAAUCGUGACUCCCACAAACCUCAGACCUGCGGUUUUCAACGUGGGCGAACCCGCGCUGAUAAAUGGAGACGGUGAUCCUCGAGUGAGAAAACAGCGGCAUGGACGACGACAGCUACUCCGUGGGAGAGGCAGGACUCUAUCUGCACAACACCUCGAUCCAACUCAUCCGCAGAAAAGAGACGCGGUUACUGCGAAUGGUUCAGCUUUUAACCGUGGUGGUCCUGCUACUGAGUUCAGCAGCUGUGGCUUUACUUGUUGUACUGGGAGGGCGAGGUCCCGAGUCACUGCACGACCAGCUCAUGAAGCAGCCGGACAGCCAAUCAUCAGGAAUCAGCGACAAACAGCAGCAACUUUCAGGCUUGGAGAAUCCAAGCGCAUUGCUAACAGCUCCAUUUGAGAAAAACACUGAUGGGAAAUACCUUCUAUGGGAAAGUAAGAUAGGAAAUGCCCACUGUCACGGAGGCUUCAACUACUCAAGUGGGAACCUUGUUGUGCCCAGGAAGGGCGUCUACAGAGUCUUCCUGCAGAUCACCUACGAGGGUGAGCGUGGCCCUGAGUGCUCGGGUGAAGAGGUACUCAGUAACAUCGUGUACUGUAUCACAGACAGUUACCGUGGGAAAAGGCCUCUGCUGUCAGCAGUGGACACAGUGAGCUGCAGGAUGAAGCACUGGAGUAAAUCCCUCUACACAGCCGGCUCCUUUCUCCUGGAGGCUAACAGCAGACUGCGCGUGAAUUCAACACACCCUCAGCUGAUCGCUAACAAUGAAUACCAGGUGUUCUUCGGUGCUGAACUCCUGCCUCAGUGAGCAGGUUAGACAGUCCAAACACCUGAGUCCACCCUGAGGUUGAUGCUCCCUCCACUCCAUGAAAACCUCAGGGAGGAAACCAGUGUAAGCUGCUGGUAUCUGCUUGACUGCAGAUUUGAUUGAUGUCACUGAUGUUAUCACACUAUCCACAAAAGAACAUCCCUAACAUGAGGCACUGCCAACUGUAUGAAAAAUCCUCUAACUUAUUUUAUAUGUUUGAAAGAAAGAAGCAUUUUGUCAGAAACAAUCAGUCGUUUGAAUGAAGCAUCUAUUUUUGAAAAAAGUUGUUUAAUCAAGAAAAAAAUUCUUCUUACAGGUGAAGAUCUUCUCUGUUUUAUAUCGUCAAAUGAAUAGGAUUCUAAUUUACAACUGAGUGUGAUUUGGACAAUUUGGAGAUACGAGCUUGUGCUCUGGCUGGAUAAAACGGCUAUCUGCUUAUUAGAUUUUAAUAUACCUUGUUUACAAGUGAAAAGUUCACAGUUCACCUUAAAGUAUUAAGAUUGAUUCCGCAGGAAAACCAGUGUCAGUUUGGUCUUGCCCCAAAAUGCUGGAAACUUUGACAUAUGGAUUGAGUGUGUUUUUUUUCUGCUGUGGUGGAGCAAGCAUUAGGAAAGAGAAUAAAUGACUCCAAAUGCAGUCAUUAAAACAUGUUACGUUCCUGACACAACAUGCAUGUAAGCACACAUUGCCUCAACCCUAAAUAUCCAUCUGACUUCAGAAGCUUUCAGCAGCAACAGGACAUUUUAGUUUGUUGUUUCAUCUUUGAAAGGAUUAAUAAUUUAAUGAUUAAUCAUUUGUAAGGCAUUUUCCCCUGUUGUAACCACUUGUUGUGACAGAGACAGUGUUGGACCGACUUCAAAGCCAGAGGACAGGGUUAGAGGGUCUAGAGGAAUGAGCAGACAGAUAAUUGGUCAGAUGUGAUGACGAAGUUUCGAAUGAAAGGACCUUUGACAGAGUGGAAAAGCAGAAGUGAGGGGGAGGACUAAAGUCAGACUGGGCGAGCCUAGAGCUGUAGAAUCUAAAGGGUCGCAGACAUUGGUGUAACACUUAGUAUUAUUAUUAUCAUUAUUAUUAUUAUUAUUAUUAUUAUUAUUAUUAUUAUUAUUAUUUAUUAUUAUUAUGUUAAGAAAAGUCAAGUAAUUGGACGUUUUUAUAUAUAUUUUUUAUCCCACAAGCAUCUGAAUGUGAUCAGUACUGUACUGUGAUUUAUCAUCAUCAUCAUUAUUGGAAUUUGAAUGAAUGGUCCAGAGGAAGUGUGUUGGUGUUGAAGCCAUAAAAGUCUGAAUAACUCUGUUGUUUGUACAUUCCUCACUGUGUUGCUGUAGUGAGCUCAGUGUGUUUGAUAAGGGAAAUUUGACAAGUAGUAAACAUUGAGUAUUUACGGGCAGACUGUAAACCACACCCACACAGUCCUGCUGCCAUGGCCACAAUUUUGUGGUGUGUCUAAUCAAGUAGUAAAUGUGAAAAAUGACUUUCACCAACGCACCAAACCAAACGCCUCCAACAAGAGAGCUAGAUUUCUACUGUCAGUGUGAAUGACACUCACAUCUGUUGUGAAACUUAACUGUUAAAAUAGAAGAUGCUGGAAAGUGUGGGGAGCUGUCAAUGUCUCAGAGCUGGUGUCAUGUCUGACUCAGGGUGCUACAGAAAUCAGUGUGAUGAGGGAUCGUACUCAGUUUGUGUGUGAAUGAAUUUGACUUUUUUCACCAUGGGGUUCAUUGUAAGCUGAUAAAAAUAUAUGGAAAAGGGUUUUUCUCUCUUUUUGUAACAUGAAUGUGCUGCUGUAUGUACGCUCAUAUAAAGCUAUUUAUCAAGAC